CCGCUCUAUGCUAAUGCGGGCGGCGCUGCUCCAUUCUGCGGCCCGAGGUGAGCACCGGCCGAUAUUUACCUGCCGAGCGGGCAAGCGGGCCGGGCCAGCGGGCGUGCCGGGGAGCUGCGGCCGUGUGUGUGAGGCGGAUUGGGUUAUAUUUGUUCCUGAUGUCAAUAUGUGACUACAGUAACUGACUUACUGAAGAUUUUCCACUCUUGCUGCAUGAGACUUCUCAGAGGAUCAACUAUGGAGUCCAAGACUGACAGUCCUGUCUGGGGCACACCGUCAGAGCAUGAUCAGACUCCAACCCAGGUACAUUUUGUUCCGGAGAGCAGUACAGUUGCUCAGAUUGUUUACACAGAUGAACAGGACCGACUAUCCCAACAAGUGGUGUAUGCAGCCGAUGGGACAUCCUACACUUCUGUAGAUGGGGCAGAACACACCCUGGUGUACAUUCACCAAGCCGACGGGACGCAGGCAGUUUUUACAGAUCAAUCCCAGGUAGCAUACAUUCAACAGGACACAACCACCCAGCAGGUAACAGUUCUUCUACCUGCAAACCAGAAUGUCCCUGGUGCUAAUUUGGCCGUCCUUGGCAGUGUGACUGAGACUCAGCAGCCAAUACCAGUGGAAAACGAUUCUCAGUCACAUUUGACCACCCCAAAUAAUGGUACUCCUCAUCUGACUGAGGUCAGCAACUCUGUGCAGCAAAUACCGGAUGCACUGGACACAACAGAACCUGACCUGGAUACAGAUGAGGACGAGGAUGAUGAUGAUGAGGAGGAGGAGGAAGAGGAGGAAGAGGAGGAGGAGGAGGAGGAAGAGGAGGAGGAUGUGGACUCAUCUGAUCUCGACGAUUGGGAGCCGGGUCCUCUGAGGCCCUUUAACCCGUGUGAUUUGUGGUGUGAGGAUUGCAAUAUGGCACAUCCAGGUGCGUGCCCCAAACACGGUGCUCUGCACUGCAUUCCCAACCGGCCUGUGCUGAGCAGGGCCAGGGCCAGCCUGCCGCUCAUUCUCUACAUCAAUCGGUUCGCCGGUGGAAUCUUUUCCAAGCGGCGCAUUCCAAAACGCACACAGUUCGGUCCUGUUGAAGGACCAUUCGUUAAGCAGUCUGAGCUCAGUGAUGAUUAUAUUCAUUUAAAGAUUGCUAUGGGAGUUGUAAGGGAGGGUUUGAAAGAAGGAGAGAAAUCUGGGGAUUUAUGGUUUGAUCUGUCUGAUGAGAACUUGUGCAACUGGAUGAUGUUUGUACGACAAGCUCAGAACCACUUGGAGCAGAACCUGGUGGUGUACCAGUACGGCAAGAACCUCUAUUUUACCACCAUCAAGCAUAUCGAGCCAAAACAGGAACUCAAGGUAUGGUAUGCAGCAUCGUAUGCAGACUUUGUGGAGCAGAAGAUCCACGAUAUAUCAGAAGAGGAACGGAAAGUUCUACGAGACCAGGAGAAAAACUGGCCUUGCUAUGAAUGUAACCGUCGCUUCACCAGCUCCGAGCAGCUGCAGCAACAUCUCAACAUGCACGAUGAAAAGCUGGACUUCUUCAGCAGGUCAAAGAGCAGGAGUCGUGGCCGAGGUAGGAGGCGGUUUGGCACCGGGAGGCGGCCUGGGCGCCCACCCAAGUUCAACCGGCAGGACCCGGCCGCAGAGCAGAGCGAGGCGUUACAGCUUGCUGUGAAGCGGCGCUUUGAAGAUGCAGAUGAACCCGUGGCCAAUGGAAUGGAUCAAGAGGAGAAUUCUGCAGUUAACUCUGAGCAGCCAGAAAAUGAUUCAAGUAUUGCGAAUAACACAACGACCACAGGUCCUGGCGAGGAAGUGCGGCGCCACAAACGCAUACGGAAUGCUGCUCUACAUCAUCUCUUUAUACGUAAAACUUUUCGACCAUUUAAAUGUCUGCACUGUGGGAAGGCAUUUCGGGAGAAAGAGAAGUUGGAUCAGCACCUGCACUUCCAUGGGCGAGAGGGCAACUAUCCACUGACCUGUGAUAUCUGUAACAAAGGCUUCAUAAACAGUUCGGCUCUCGAUUCACACAUGAAAUUGCACUCUGAUCUGAAAACGUACUCCUGUAUUUUCUGCACAGAAUCUUUUGAUAGACUGGAUCUUCUCAAAGAACAUGUCGCAGUUCAUGUUACUAACGGCUAUUUCACCUGUCCCUCCUGUAAAAAACAAUUUCCAGAUUUUAUCCAGAUAAAGAAGCACAUUCGCAGUUUCCACUCUGAGAAGAUUUACCAGUGUACAGAAUGUGACAAAGCCUUCUGCCGGCCAGACAAGUUGCGACUACAUAUGCUGCGACACUCGGAUCGGAAAGACUUCCUAUGCUCCACCUGUGGCAAGCAGUUCAAAAGAAAGGACAAGUUAAAAGAGCACAUGCAGCGGAUGCACAACCCUGAACGAGAGGCCAAGAACGCUGGCCGCAUCCACAAGUCAAAACCGUUCAAACCCAAGAUCCCUUCCACGGACUACGAGAGUUUCAUGUUCAAGUGUCGUGCUUGCAUGAUGGGCUUCCGGAGGCGAGGGAUGCUGGUAAAUCAUUUGUCAAAAAGACACCCAGAUAUAAGGAUAGAUGAUGUGCCAGAGCUAACAUUGCCUAUCAUUAAACCAAACAGGGACUACUACUGCCAGUACUGUGACAAGGUGUACAAGAGUGCCAGCAAGCGGAAAGCCCACAUCUUGAAGAACCACCCUGGAGCAGAGCUGCCCCCAAGUAUUCGCAAGCUGCGUCCGGCAGCUCCAGGGGAGCCAGACCCGAUGCUGAGCACACACACACAACUGAAGGGCACCAUCGCCACGCUGCCCGUCUGCUGUCCACACUGCUGCAAACAGUACAGCAGCAAGGCAAAAAUGGUGCAACAUAUCCGGAAAAAACACACGGAUGUUCUGCAGGAUAAUCCAAACGCACUGCAGACGCUGCCAGCACAAACACCCAUCGUAGCCACUGUCAUCAGCGCGGCACCCACCGUGGUCAGCACGGAUGGCACCACUGGAGAUGCAAUUGUGACAACGGAUCUGCUGACUCAGGCAAUGAGUGAGCUGUCGCAGACACUAACGACGGACUAUCGGCCGGCUCACGGGGAUUAUCAGCGUGUGCAGUACAUUCCUGUCUCGCAACACAUCCAACCAGUUCAGGGACAGCAGCCUCAGCACAUCCAGCUCCAGGUGGUACAAGUGGCACAGGCGCCCUCUCACCAGAAUCAGCAUUCCACAGUGGAUGUCAGCCAGCUGCACGACCCACACGGCUUUGCACAACAUGCCAUCCAGGUCCAGCACGUCCACGUUACUGAGCAGUCCAGCACCAUGCCCACCUCUGCUGCCCAGAGUGGAAGUGGUCAGCCACUCAGUCCCAUGUCACAGCAGUCACAGGAACUCAGCCCUUCCCAGAUACAGAGUGGAUCGUCAACACAGAACCAGGUGUUGCAGCAGCAACCCACAGCUACUGUACAGCACACUUACCUGCCCAGCACCUGGGGAACCUUUCGCAACUACUCUUCUGAGAUUCAGAUGAUGACCAUCCCUCAGACGCAGUACGUUAUUGCAGAGGCUCCAGUAACCACAGUGAACAGUGGCCAGAUGAAGGCAGUGACGCAGACUCAUUAUGUGAUAUCAGAAGGACAGUCGGAGAUGGACUUGAAGCAGAACUCGAGACUUGAUGUGCCUCAGACACAGACAGACACCUCCAUACAACAGAAUGCCCAAUUCAUCAUUACCUCAACAGCUAAUGGGACUGGAACUACUGAGGUGCCAAUGACCAAGCCCUAGCAGUCAACUACUGGACACUGGUCCUCCCCAAAUUCAUACUAGCUCCACUGAGAGUGGAGUUGCAACUUGUGGCAUGCAUUUUAUAAAAGGAAAAGUGAGAGAGCAGAGACUUUGGUUUACAGCUUUCCCCUUCCAUGUAUCUCCCCCUUCCCUCAGCACCAACCCUUCUGGAAGAGGUAUUGGAGCGAAGGGCAGGAUCACCAGACUCGGCCUUGCUCAUGGUGGCGUGAGCUCAGUGAGAUCGAGCUGCCUGUCAUUGCAUUGGGACUAGGCCCUGUUUUCAGACAAGCGAUUGAGGAAACUGACAGGUGGGAAAUGACUGGUGAACUGAGCACGUCUGUUCACUAACCCUGACAACCGGACGUCUGAUUGCAGUCUGAGCAAGGAGGCUGUGUCAACAACCGCCCACAGAGCCUGAGCCCUGGACAAAGACCUCAGCACUUUGAAACUGGUUUGGUUAGCGUAGUAUCAUCACUGCGGCAGGGACAGUGAGCUGGAUUCCAAGUCUGUGCAGCGAUGGUUCCAGUGGCUUUGUAACAGUUGAAUCAACAGGGACAUCGAUUGCUGCAUUGAUGCUGAGACAGGGCCUCUGGACACUGUGUACAUGUGCUACACACCAUUCUGACCACUGUACAUGUGCUACAGGCUGUGUUCUCUGGCCACUCUGGUCCCCAAACUACAUUAGGAUGAGUGCAGUGUGCUGAGCUGCAAACAGAGACACACACAGACCAGCACAGCCUCAGCAUCAGGCUGAAACCUCUUCACACGUUAGCAACAGACCAAGAUGGAAACAUUUUAAUGAAUGAGAUUUUAAUGCUCUAUUAUUUAAGAGUUUAUGUUCAUUACAAACUUCUGUGAUUGUACAAUUAGAAAAGCUCUGUUCUAAGACAAGUGUUUAAAGAUGAAUAAAAAUCUACGUGUGGGCUUUGACUGCUCUUCCCUCCAGCACGUAUCCUGCCCCAUUGAUUGCUGCUCACCUCCAACACCCUGUGUGUACGGAGUCAGGAUACUGCAGAGAGAGGGCAGGGCUGAUACAAAGUCUGGCCUCCUUAAACUCCAAUCAUUUGUAAUGUCAUUUCAAACUGUGCAAUACUCCUGCAUGUCACCUGAUUUAUUUUCCUUUUGUUGAGUCUAUGAUCUGAAAAUGAAGGUUGGUGCUCUUCUGGUAAGAGUGUUCCAGGAUGAUGCAGUAACUCCCAUCACCCGCUGGCUGGGCUGUCAGUAAAUGGCUGACAUUCUACUGAUACCCCUUUGGGGCUUGGGUCCUUGCUAAACUUCUAUUUAAAAUUAUUGUAGCUGACACUUUUCACUUGUGGAUGACGCAGCCCCUUGCACUUGCAGUGGCUCUGACCUGCCCUGAUCUCUGGGUGAAUGGACAGUGACACAUCCAGUGAGUGGAAUCUCUCCAGCUUUCAACAUUCCAAACCACAGUUCGCACUUGCACUGGUGUUAAUAUUGUUGUAUAAAUUAUUGUUUCAGAUCUUUAACAUUUCAGUUAUCAGAACAUGUGUUUGGCAAAAGCUGAAUAUAAAUAACUGAUGUUACAUAAUUGCAUAUUUAUUAACUAGAAGAGUUAAUGGGAUUUUGAAUAUAACAUCACUCAAAUCUUCAAAAACAACGAAAUAAACUUCCAACGUUUCUUGAC